UGUGUGUGUGUGUGUGAUCUGCGCUCCAGGAGGACGACACAGUCGCACAGAGAGCGUGUGCGUGUCAUGAUGCUGUCUGCCGUGGCUCUACUUCUGGUCUGUCUGCAGAUGCGUGUUCUGGGCAAGCCGUGGUCGCAGAGUGCCGGCUGUGAUGAACUCUUGGGCUCUGGCAGGGUUCCUGAUAAGUGUGGUGUGUGCGGCGGAGACAACAGUGCGUGUAAGCUCGUCUCUGGCGUGUUCCAGCACACUCUGUCUAAAGUGGGCUAUCACAAGAUCGUGGAGAUCCCGCCGGGAGCCACCAAAAUCAACGUCACCGAGAUGGUGAAGAGCAGGAACUACCUGGCUCUGCUCAGCCGGUCUGGACGAUCCAUUAUUAAUGGAAACUGGGCCAUCGACCGUCCAGGAAUGUAUGAGGGAGUGGGAACGAUGUUCACGUACCGCCGGCCGAAUGAGAUCAGCAGCACUGCAGGAGAGUCCUUCCUGGCCGAGGGACCCACCAAUGAGAUCCUGGACGUGUUUAUGAUCUACCAGCAGCCCAAUCCAGGCGUCCGUUAUGAGUUCAUCAUGCCGUCAGAGAACGCUCUAGAUGCUCCUCAUCCUAAACAGAACCAGCUGGACGUGAAUGCUGUGAACGGUCCGUCGACCUCAGAGGAUCACGAGAGGUCAGGGGUCAGACCUCCUCCUCCCGUCCCGGAUAAUCAGCUUCCUGCAGCUCCGCCUACAACCAGAGCCAGAGAAUAUAACUGGAAACUGAGCGGCACCACAGACUGCAGCGCCUCCUGUGGACGAGGAAGCAGGUUCUCUGUGUUCGUCUGUGUUCAUCGAGGAACUCAUGCUCUGGUGCUGAGCGAUCUGUGCGACAGCAGCACCAAACCCAGCCCUCAGGAGGAGCCCUGUAACGUCCAGCCCUGCCCUGCCUUCUGGGACAUCGGCGAGUGGUCCGAGUGCAGUAAGACGUGUGGUUUGGGCGUGCAGCAUCGUCAGGUUCUGUGUCGUCAGCCGUACACUAACCUCACACUGAACGUUCACAGCAGCCGCUGCAGACACCUGGAGCACCCCGAGACCAGCAGCUCCUGCCAGCUGAAGAUCUGCAGCGAGUGGAACAUCCGCUCCGACUGGAGCCCCUGCUCGGUGCCCUGCGGUGUAGGUCAAAGGUCACGUGAGGUGCACUGUGUCAGUAAUGUUGGUGAUAUCGUGGCAGAUGACGAGUGCAACAUGAAGCUGCGUCCCAGCGAUGUGGAGAACUGUGACGCAGGUGUGUGCACCAAGAGCUGGUUCUUCAGUGACUGGAGCGCUCAGUGUUCGGCUGACUGUGGCGCAGGGAUACGGACGCGCAGCGUUCAGUGCCUCACCAAUCACAUCAGCAGUCUGCCUCUGGAGAGCUGCGGGGCCCAACGGCCCCCCGAGGCCCAGCCCUGCAACAACGGCCCCUGUGAGAGCCGCACAGAGUGGUUCACCGGACCCUGGAGUCAGUGCUCGGCGGAGUGCGGCUCUGGUGGUCAGCAGAGGGCAGUGGUGUGUCUGAUGAGGUCAGACGAGGGUUUCAUGGUGAUGCCGGCGUACGAGUGCUCGUCUCUGGACAAACCCCUGAGCCAGCAGAGCUGCUUCAUCAAGACCUGCGGAGCCAAGUGGUUCCACACCGACUGGAGCGCGUGCUCGAAGACGUGUGAGACGGGUUACCGUGUGCGAGAGGUGCGCUGUCUGACCGAUGACAUGAUGACCAGCGAGCUCUGCGACGAAACACUGAAGCCUCAUGAUAAGGAGGAGUGUCACCCUGAGCCCUGCCUGCCUCUGAUUGAUGAGAAGUGUCGUGAUAAAUACUUCAACUGUAACGUGGUGGUGCAGGCGCGUCUCUGCGUGUACGACUACUAUCAGAUGGCAUGUUGUGCGUCCUGCACGCGUGUGGCCCGGAGGAGCUCUGGACACUGGGGACAGCGAUCGUGACCAGAGAUCCUGGGAUUGAACACAGAUGCUGUGUGAUGAUGAGAUCAGUAUGUACUCAGUGCGUCGUCACACAUGAACACUAGAGCGCAGGAUGAGGAGAGAAUCACUGCGUCAGCAACCACUUCACUUCUGUUCACACCGCGGAUUUAAAGUGACUUGAGCGUUAUUCAGAGUGAAUGUGAUCCGAACCGAAUGGAUCUGUGUGUGGAGCUGCAGUGUGAACGCGUUCAGCUCACUGCAAAACUGGAUCCGGUUCCUCAGAUCUGAAACACUGAUCCGCUUUCUGAUUGGAUAAACUCUCAUCGAUGGGCUUCAAGAGCAAAAACACAAAGACAAUGAUUCAGAGUUAACAUACGGAGCUAAAAUAGUCUCAAAAUUAAUGUGUUUACAAAAUUAAAAUCCAAUAGCUAUGUCAUAUUCUCAAAACAAAGCCUUUGUGUAUAAUGCAUUAUGAACGUCGUAAUGCAUUAUAUCUUUUCAUUAAUAAUUGUAGCCAAAGUUAAAAUGCAUUAUAGGUUUGUUUGCCAUGUUUUUUAUGCAUUAUAUUUUCUAAAGGUUUAACAAUGAGUGUUAUAAGGCAUUAUAACAGUCAGGGUCAUUCUUGGUCAAGUGUGUUCGAAUAGAGGUUUUCAAGAGCUGGUGUGAGUAAAUAUAGAUUUCAACUCAAAGAGACAGGAUAGUCUGCGCAUGACAUGGUAUGAUCAUCAAGGAGCACUAUACACACUCAUGAAGUGUGUGUUUCAUUCAUAUUUGAAGCCAGAGGGCGCUCUCACGCAGAAAGUCAUACCAGGAAACUCCUAAUAUGGGCAAAAGCAUCCAGACACUUUUGGAAACAUGAACACAUUAAACAUACCAUUGGGACAAUAUAUGUUUUUUCGAGUCAUCUCCAGCAGGUGAUAAAUAAAGUAUAAGAACAAUGCA